CUUCUUUAGUACAUGAUAAUCGGGUGUCGUUCAUUUUCGAUUGCGUCAAAGGUUCAGGAGAGGUGAGCAAUAAACUGUUCUUCUCUAAACCUCAUGGACAUCCAGAGAUGGUACCUGCAGAAGAGAAAGAGUUUGAUGGCAGAUGCUGUUUUGCUCCUCAGAGUAUUCCAUUGACUUGCAAGGGUGCAAGUACAUGCUGCUAUUCUAUAGAAAGUGAAGAGGAGUACAAGUAUGGCAGACAAAAAAAAAGUUAUCUCUACAGUAUUUGGUAUCAGCCCAAAGGAGUGGUAAAAUCCAGAAGGGCGAAAAGCAUGAAUCACUCAGGUUUGUGCAUGGCCAUGGCCUGUCCACCAUCACAGUCCCUUCAUCCAUGUCAGCAGUGCACAGAUCGCUGCCUUCAACAUAGUAUAUGCAGUUUCCAACAUAGUAUAUGCAGUUUCCCUUUAGUCCCAGAUUGCUCGCCGAACACGAUACUGAACAGUGUCCGCCAACGAAAAAACUCGAUCGCCAAUAUCACUCACUGGCUCCCAUGCUUUCUUCUCAAACUCCAUCUUGUAAAUACCAAUGCCAGCUUCUGUUCGGCUCCCCCAGCAACAGAUUCCUCACGACGAGAAAAAUAUCUCCGCAGGAUUCAACCAUGGAAUGCACACACGCACAUAUUCCAGGCAAAAGUUCGGGCCUCUCUGCUUCGACGAAAGAGGUUUCAGGGCAUGGAGCAGUAUGUAUGAGAACAAGGUUCUCGCGGAGUGUGACCCCGUAAAAUUUUCCAUUUAACCCGAUCACAUUGUUAAGAGCAUCCUGCUCUGUCCGAGAUCAUUAUUGCAGUCGUGAGAGCUCCAGCUUUGUUCAGAUCCUGCUCAGUUUGGAUUUCUUUUGCAAUACGAACGCAUGAAACUGUUUUCCAAAGGAAACAAAAUACCAACGAGAAAUCGGUCGAAUUUCUCUCAUGAAACUGUUAAAAUUACAGAGGAGCAUUACAAUUUAAUAAUUUAUGGUUGUUGUUACACAAUAAGAUGUUUGCAAGUAAGUAAGUAGUAAGUCAAUACUUGAGGCAGAUUUUAAUAAAUUUCCUAGAUUAUCACUAAUUUCCCAACUACUACAAUUAAUUCUCGUAGAAAUCAUGAUCGAGAGAGAGAAACAUAUCAGAUACCAUACACGACGGCUAAUGCAAUUUACAAACCGAUACCUGUUGCAAGAUUGAGCCGGAGCUAGUUUUCUAAUUGUGAUUUCUCAAUGUUGUUGUGAUUUCUAAUAGAAUCCUGAUUGUAUUAAUUAGAAAGGCUGCGGGGUUUUUAAAAGUCUUGGACCAUGAUUUUGACUACAAUUUGGGAUUUCUAGCUAAUAGAAUCAGGAUUAGCUAGGGAGUCUCCAUAAUUUUUCUUUUAUUAGAACCGGAGGAAAGUUCCAAUUAGAAUCCUG